GGAAACACAUUUUUCCGAUUGUUGACACAUCACGCGAACGCACCGCGAGCUUCGUUAAACGAGAAGAGAAGAAAAAGUUGUUGUGAAACUCUUCUGGUACAAAAUCAGUUCACAAAGAGAUCUAAAGAUGUCGUCAGGCGCUCUCUUUCCAAGCUUGGUGAGCGGCUCCAGGGGAAGCUCCAGCAAGUACCUGGUCGAGUUUCGUGCGGGUAAAAUGACCCUGAAGGGGAAUGUAGUGACGCCGGACAAAAGGAAGGGCUCGGUGUACAUCCAGCAGUCGGACGACUCCCUGAUUCACUUCUGCUGGAAGGACAGGACGUCUGGGAACGUUGAUGAUGACCUGAUUAUCUUCCCCGAUGAUUGUGAAUUCAAGCGGGUGAACCAGUGCACCACCGGACGUGUUUACGUGCUGAAGUUCAAGGCCGGGUCCAAAAGACUGUUCUUCUGGAUGCAGGAGCCAAAGACUGACAAAGACGAGGAGCACUGUCGUAAGGUGAACGAGUUUCUGAACAAUCCUCCGAUCCCUGGAGCUCCGGGCAGCGGAGGCGGCAGCGGCCAUGAACUCUCUGCACUCGGAGGAGAAGGAGGUCUGCAGAACCUGCUGGGAAACAUGAGCCAUAACCAGCUGAUGCAGCUGAUCGGACCAACGGGACUGGGAGGACUGGGAGGUCUGGGAGCUCUAGCAGGACCAGGACUCGCCAACUUGCUGGGCAGCGGAGGACCGGCCACCAGCAGCUCCUCUUCCAGCUCUCGUAGCCAAUCAACAGCAGCCACUCCGUCCUCAGGCGGAGCCCCCAGACUGAGCUCCACUCAGGCCCCGACCACCCCUGUGACUCCUGCUGCCUCUGCUGUCUCGCCCACUACUGUGGCCCCCUCCACACCAGCCUCGGCUCAGACUCCGGUGGUCCCAGCCUCUGUGGGAAGUCCUACCUCCCACCAGCCCAUCCAGCUCAGUGACCUUCAGAGCAUCCUAGCUACCAUGAACGUCCCGGCUUCAGCUGCUCAGGGACCAGCAGUGGACCUGGCGAGUGUUUGCACCCCGGAGAUGAUGGCUCCCAUCCUGACUAACGCUGAGGUCCAGAAGAGGCUGCUGCCUUUCCUCCCCAGUGGAGAAAGUUUACCUCAGAGUGCUGACGAGAUCAAGAACACCAUCAACUCUCCUCAGUUCCAGCAGGCGAUGAGUAUGUUCAGCAGUGCCUUGGCCUCCGGGCAGCUCGGUCCUCUCUUGACUCAGUUUGGUCUGCCGGCAGACGCUGUGGAUGCUGCCAACAAAGGAGAUGUGGAGGCAUUUGCGAGAGCCAUGCAGGGCAGCAAAGGAGACUCCAAAGAGAAGAAGAAGGAGGACGACGAGGACAUGAGUCUGGAUUAAGAGCUCAAACUGCCAAACCUCAACAGAAAAAAAAACACAUCUGUGAUUCCUUUUUUUAAACCUCACUUUAGUACCUUUUCUUUCCCCAUCUCUGUUAAAUGUUGUCUUUCACUUUCCUGCACCAAAGACGACACAGCACAGGGUUCAAGCGGAGCUGUUCUUACUGUGACAGCUGACCAAACAGCUCUGCUUUGUUGUUGUAUGACUGAGAUGAGCCUUAACUUCUUUCUGUUCUCACACCACAGUGCUUAAUCCUUCGGGCUAUUUUUUAGGUGAUUUACUCUUUAAUAAAAAAAACAUCACAGUGGCGAACCAAA